UGCGUGUUGCGGGUUGUCUAACGUCCUCAGUGCCUGGGAAAUCAACAGCGGCUCGACAGCGGAGGUGGAAAUUGCGGCGCAUUUCUGACAGAAGUCGCGGACCCGCACCUUGCCAUGCCAUGGACUACAUCCGCGAAUUCGACAUUCGCCUCGAGCGCGAGAUGUACUACGCUGGAGAGACCGUCUGCGGAAAUGUGAUUCUGGACACCGUUGAGAACUUCAAGCUCAGGGCCGUUCGAGUGGUGCUCAGGGGAAAGGCGCACGCUGAGUGGAAGGUCGUGGUCAGCGGCGACAGGAGGACCGUAAAGGACGACCAGUACUUCGUCGACGACAGGGCCAUCAUUUGGGGCAAGGACAAACCUGAGGGCAACGUUCCAAUUUUGCCUCGGGGCCUGCACCAGUUUCCGUUCCGCUUCCAACUGCCUGAGAGUUCCCUACCAUGUUCUUUCGAGAGCAAGCCCGGCUUCAUCCGCUACUACAUCAAGGUGACGAUCGACGUUCCGUACGCCUCGCCGCCGCAGGGUAUGAAGUACUUCACCAUCAUUGGACCACACAUUGACUGCAUGGAUGAUCAGUAUUUGAAACCAAUGAUCGGGCAGGACAAAAAGACGACUUGCUGCUUCUGCUGCGAACGAGGCCCCGUGUCCCUGAGGGCGCAGCUCGAGCGGUCGGCCUACGUGUGCGGCGAAAGCAUCAAGCUGCGAGCAGACGUGGACAACCAGGGCGAGGAGGAAGUUCGUUUGAAAGUCAAAUUGCUGCAGUACGUGGAGUACUUCAUUGACAGAGGGGUGCUGGGGGUGACUCGCGAGGUGCAGCAUCCUGUGCUCGAGUACCGCGGCGAGCCGGUUAAGCCCGGCACACACGCCAAGUGGGACUCGGCGCAGAGUCUGGUGGUGCCGACGAUGCCGCCGUCGAUGGUCGGCGUCUGCCGUCUCCUCCAGCUUUACUACGUCCUCAAGGUGAACCUCGAGUUUGAAAAGAGUGGUGACGAUUUGCAGAUGCAUUUCCCGCUGACGAUCGCAACGGUGCCCUUCAGAAUACCAAACAGUGCAAACCAGCCCUCGGUUAAAUAUGAGCACUCGUGCGACCACGUGGAGGGCGGACUGUACACGGGGCCCGAGUUCCUGCUUGGCGAGGUGUACGACGGCGACCACGACGGCCGCGAGACGGUGGUGCUGUACCGGCCUGUGUACGUGUGCAUCGACCGGCCGGCGGUGCCGUCGAAACUGCAGGCCCAACUCAGCUCAAAUGCCUUACCCUCCAGCAGCGCGGCGGCGCCGCAAACCUCGGCCAGCACGAACUCGUUGUAGGACACCGAGAAGUGUGCCGCGCUCUUUGCAGAGCAAACGACGCGCGGAUGAGUUCGUUGAUUUUGUUAAUUAAGUUGAGAGACGAGAGGGAGGUUCUCUAUGUCUUUCGGUGUGGAUUACUCGGCCGCGUUGGUGCUGCUGGAACUCUUUCCCAAAUAGGAAUUUACAUGCAGAGCUUCUUCUUCAUUGUAAAGUGUUGUACAGAUUGUACUGUUUUAAACACCGCUCUCAUUAUUUGGUGUUUGAAUUUGGCUGAAUUUUUCUCUACUCAUCUGAUAGUUUUUAACGUGGACUGGUGAAAAAGGUCUUUAUUGGCUCAAAACUGUUGAUUUAAAAAAAAAAUGUAAGAAGUAUAAAAUUUAAUUUGAAAGGAUUAAAUUUUGGCAAAUUCUUUAUAAAUUAAAUAAAAUUAUGGCCAUUUAAUUUUUUUUAAUUUUGGUCAUAGUAAUUUUCAAAGGGGGCAAAGAACAUUUAGUUGAAAAUAGAAUAUAAUUUUAUGCAAUUUUAUUAAAGUUUUGUUUCUAACUAAAAUUGUGCUGAAGCAGCAGUAAAAAUUAAAGUUUUGGGUUUAAAUUUUUUCUUGGAAAUCAUGCUGAAUACAUUUAGUUAUUUUCAUUGAAAAUGAAACAAAUCGCAAGAAAAUCCGUUUUGUCAGAAUGAAUUUUGAAGUGAGGCUCAUAAAGACUUUUUCCACCAGUCUGACCACAUUUGAGAUAUGAAUGGCUUGAAGUUUUUAUUUAGAAAAUAGAUAGAAGUUGAGAAAUUUGCAGAUUAUUUUACUUCAGAAAUAGUUGACAGCUGACAAAUAAUAUAACUUUUAAAGUGAAAACAGAUUUGUUUGGAAAGGGACAACAGUGACAAUUAUGCUGUGUUCCCUGAGCAAACAUGCAUCUUAUAAUUUAAAAUCUUCAUAACUAUGGCCAGCCGUGAGGUUAAUUCAAUGAAUAAACCAAUACAAAAUUAUGGAAAAUUGAAAGAAAUUUGCAAUUUUAAUAGGAGAGAGCACAGAGAAGGAUUAAAACAAUUUCAAUCAGAAUAAAAUCUUGUUAAAAUUUAAAGAGAGAAUUUUUGAAAAUCUUAAUACCUUUCCGCUCAAAAUCAGAUUCUUGUUUUCAAAGUUAGUGACUGAGACAUCCAAUAGUUGAUUCAAUUGAAGCCUUAAGGCGCUCCUCAGAUUUCUCUUUUGUUAUUGUUAACAAUGGAUUGACAGAAUUUGAGGGAAAAAAUAUUAUUACCAAGUUUUUUCCUGGAUCCCAUCCAAUCUGUCUAUACCCAUAAGCCUUGAAAACCUAUAUAAGAUUUCCAAUAAGGAAAAAGUGGAGUUGUAUAUCGUGGGGGUGAUGGGAGUAUCUCCGGAGUUGCGAGUUAGGGAUUAAGAUUGGAAAACUUUUUCACUACUUUUAAAAGGAAAUGUGAUUUGCAAAAUCUUUGACGGUUUAAUUUCAAAAAACUUUUUCAAACAAAUAAAAAAAAUGAUAAUUUUUAAUUAUUAAUUUUCUUCUGCCUCACACCUUUCAAAAAUUUUAAUUGUUUUAUCAAACUUUACCAUUUAAGAAAUUCGAGUGUUGAGAAAUCUUAGUACGUCCGUUAAAAAAGCCAAAUUUCCAAAAUUAUGAAUAACAAAAGGACCUCGACGACCUGGACAACGAUCAAGCGAGUUUGAUUUUUAUAUAGGCGCGCAUUUGCAACAUAAAAAACUUUAAAAAGCAAGCUCAAACCACGGCUUUUAGUAGAGAUUAGCAAUCGCUCAAAGACAUAUUAAUACACGAAUAAAAAAGUCCCCAAUUUUCCAAUGAGGAAGCUCACAGUGAUUUAUGCAAAAUUCAAAUUCAUUGAAUUCAAACUCGCCUCGUGAACGCAUCAGUCAAUUAGAAGGCGAGGCCCGUGAACAAAAGUAUGUAAUUGCUAAGAGGAAAAGCCAAAUUUCAACACCACAAAUAUGCAUCAUUACAAAAAAAAUGAUGAGAUUAUAAAAAAAAGUUGUGCUGCUACAAUUGCAAAAAACUAUAUAUAAACAGGUGCCAAAAACGUUACAAGCACUUAAAUUUGUUACAUUAUUGUUCAAUCAGUGUAUAAGAAUGUUAAAUUUAAAACAUAAUUAUAAUUACCUACAUAGCGUUAAUACUCGUUUUGCGAAGAGGAACAAAGAAUUUGUAACGCAGAGAAAAUAUAAUUAUGAUAUUAAUUAAGUAAGAAAAAUAGAAUUUAUCCUAUUUCGGAUGUGUUAGAGUUAAUAAUUGUAAGGCGGUGAAAAUUUUAUUAAAAAAGUGUAAGGCUUUUAAUUUUUGAUGUAACAAACCGUUUUCUACUUGUAACAAUUAACUAUAAAUAACCACCCUACAUCAUAAAUUUUGCUCUUUAAACGUGGCUGACGAUUUUCUGGAUCUUAAAUAAAACUGGACCUAAAGGAAAAACAGGAUAAAUUAAACAAAUCAACUAAAAUAAUUUUAAAAAGCCUGAAUCAAAAUCACAAAGCGCCAGAAAAACAAAACGGUCAAUGGAAAUUGAUAUACGCAAUAAA